AUGAUCCGGAACGGGCACGGGGAGGCGGGCGGCGCCAAGCGGCUGGGCCCGAGGGCUAGGCGCGCUGUGCGGGUGUGGUGCGACGGCUGCUACGACAUGGUACAUUAUGGCCACUCCAACCAGCUGCGCCAGGCCCGGGCCAUGGGUGACCACCUCAUUGUGGGUGUGCACACUGAUGAGGAGAUCGCCAAGCACAAGGGGCCCCCGGUGUUCACUCAGGAGGAGAGGUACAAGAUGGUGCAGGCCAUCAAGUGGGUGGACGAGGUGGUGCCGGCAGCCCCCUACGUCACCACUCUGGAGACUCUGGACAAGUACAACUGUGACUUCUGCGUCCACGGCAAUGACAUCACACUGACUGUAGACGGCCGGGACACCUACGAGGAAGUGAAGCAGGCUGGAAGGUACAGAGAAUGCAAGCGCACCCAGGGGGUGUCCACCACAGACCUCGUUGGCCGCAUGCUGUUGGUGACCAAGGCCCAUCACAGCAGCCAGGAGAUGUCCUCUGAGUACCGGGAGUAUGCAGACAGCUUUGGCAAGUGCCCUGGGGGGCGGAACCCCUGGACGGGGGUAUCUCAGUUUCUUCAGACAUCCCAAAAGAUCAUCCAAUUUGCUUCAGGGAAGGAGCCCCAGCCUGGGGAGACGGUCAUCUACGUGGCUGGCGCCUUUGACCUGUUCCACAUUGGGCAUGUGGAUUUUCUGGAGAAGGUAUAUGGCCUGGUGGAGAGGCCCUACGUCAUCGCUGGCUUGCAUUUUGACCAGGAGGUCAACCACUACAAGGGGAAGAACUACCCCAUCAUGAACCUGCAUGAGCGGACCCUGAGUGUGCUGGCCUGCCGGUACGUGUCUGAAGUGGUGAUUGGGGCCCCGUACUCGGUCACAGCAGAGCUCCUGGACCACUUCAAGGUGGACCUGGUGUGUCACGGGAAGACGGAGAUCGUGCCGGACAAAGAUGGCUCUGACCCAUACGAGGAGCCCAAAAGGAGGGGCAUUUUCUGCCAGGUUGACAGUGGGAACGACCUCACCACAGACCUCAUCGUCCAGCGCAUUAUCAAGAACAGGCUGGAGUAUGAGGCCCGGAACCAGAAGAAGGAAGCCAAGGAGCUGGCCUUUCAGGAGGCCAUGAGGCAGCAGGAAGCGCAGCCCGAAAGGGAGAGCGACUGUGACUUCUGA